AUGCGAAACAACACUUUGUUAACGUUCCUUGCAAGAAGAGCAUCAACACCAGCAGCAAAUCACAACCCAAGUUUACUUAAGCGAUGCUUCUCGUCUUCAUCUUCCUCACCGAACAAUAAGCUCUUCGUCGGAGGCUUGUCAUGGUCGUUGGACGAGAAGUCCCUGAAAGAGGCUUUCUCUUCCUAUGGAGAGGUCACUGAAGUGACUAUAGUGUAUGACAAGGACUCAGGCAGGUCUAGAGGCUUUGGAUUUGUUAAUUUCUCCAGAGAAGAUGAUGCCAAGUCUGCAAAAGAUGCUAUGGAUGGAAAGGCUUUGAUGGGUCGGCCGCUGAGGAUAAGUUUUGCUCUUGAAAGAGUUCGGGGAGGGCAUGUAGUUGUUCCUCGCCUUCCAGGCAUUGGAGACGGUGGUAAUCGCUCAUAGGUGAGAUCAUAUGGUAAUAUGUUACCUGUAACAGAUUACAGACAAAAACUAUUCUUAGGUGUUAAAACUACAAAUUGUGUCAUUGUAGAGUUUCUUCAAAGGAAGUCAUCUUAUAGUCUUAGCAUCUCUGUGAGUAGAGCUUGAAUAUGCAAUGUUUUGUUGAAAACUCAAGUCAGGUUAACUUACGAAGUUUGAAGGAAGAAACGAAAGGUCAAGUUCUAAAAUUUGUUCAAGUUGGAAGA